UUUAAUCUCAAACGACAACAAAUUUCAAAUAAUCACACGAUUUGGGACGAUCCAACACGUUCGGCUCAGCUUAGCUCAGGUCACUCGAAAGAGAGGAAAACCCGGCACCUGAGCCUGUACCGGAGAACUCUUUUACCGUCGCGAAGAAGACGAUACACAGCUCGAGAAAUCGCUUCUUCCUCGAUUUCAAAUCCAGAAGAAGAGAAACGAUAAAGGCAGCGACGAAAUGUCGGUACAAGAGUAUCUGGACAAGCACAUGCUUUCUAGGAAAAUUGAGGACGCCGUCAAUGCCGCCGUUAGGGCCAAGACUUCUGAUCCGGUCCUCUUCAUCUCGAACCAUAUGAAGAAAGCGGUUCCUUCAGUGAUCACGAAGGUAAAAGCUAGACAGAUCCUCGAUAGCCGAGGAAUUCCGACUGUUGAAGUGGACCUUACCACUAACAAAGGAAUGUUUCGUGCUUCAGCUCCUAGUGGAGAUUCUUCUGGAAUGUAUGAGGCUGUUGAAUUGCGUGAUGGUGACAAGGGAUUGUAUUUGGGAAAUAGUGUGAAUAGAGCUGUUAAGAAUGUCAAUGAAAAAAUAUCUGAAGCACUAAUUGGCAUGGACCCAACACUUCAAUCCCAGAUUGAUCAAGCCAUGAUAGACCUUGAUAAGACAGAAAAAAAGGGUGAACUUGGAGCAAAUGCCAUACUAGCUGUGUCAAUUGCUGCAUGCAAAGCCGGGGCAGCAGAAAAGGAGGUUCCACUCUACAAACACAUUGCUGAUCUUUCUGGAAAAACCAAUUUGACUCUUCCUGUCCCUGCUUUCACUGUUAUUAGUGGAGGGAAACAUGCUGGGAACAGUUUAGCAAUUCAGGAAAUCAUGAUUCUCCCCAUCGGAGCAAUCAGGUUUGAAGAGGCAUUGCAAAUGGGCUCUGAGACUUAUCAGCAUUUGAAGGUUGUUAUUACAGAAAAAUAUGGUGCACAUGGAUGUAACAUUGGUGAAAAUGGUGGUUUUGCUCCAGACUUCUCCAGUAUUAAAGAAGGCUUGGAUCUUGUAAAGGAGGCUAUCAACAGAACAGGGUAUAAUGAGAAAAUAAAGAUAGCAAUUGAUGUUGCUGCUACUGAUUUUUGCAUAGGAACAAAGUAUGACCUGGACUUCAAAUCUCCAAAUAAGUCGGGACAAAAUUUUAAGUCGGGGGAACAUAUGAUUGACAUGUACAAAGAACUCUGUAUUGAGUACCCAAUUGUCUCAAUUGAGGAUCCGUUUGACAAGGAGGAUUGGGAAAACAUCAAGCAAUUUUCAAGCCUUCAACUUUGUCAGGUUGUAGGGGAUGACUUGUUGAUGUCAAAUUCAAAACGUAUUGAGCGGGCAGUAAAUGAAUCCACUUGCAACGCUCUUCUUCUCAAGAUAAAUCAGAUUGGGACUGUUACAGAAACUAUUGAAGUGGUAAAGCUCGCAAAGGAUGCCCAAUGGGGAGUUGUUACGUCUCAUAGAUGUGGUGAAACUGAAGACUCUUUCAUUGCUGAUUUAUCUGUCGGCCUUGCCACUGGUCAGAUCAAAUCAGGUGCUCCUUGCAGAGGAGAGCAGCUAGCAAAGUACAAUCAGUUGCUUCGUAUUGAAGAAGAGCUUGGAGAUCAUGCAAUUUAUGCUGGUGAAGAUUGGAGGCAAUGAUCCCAAUUGGUAUCAUCAGGUUCCAUCACCACAAGUCUUUAGAAGUACAUGAUAUUGACAAAAUCAUAAAUCUUCACAGUUUUGCAUUUCUGCUGCUGGGUGUUUUCAUUUUGGUUGAUUAAAGCAUUUGCGGAGUGUAAUCAAAUAUUGGAAUUUGUAAAACGUGUUCUUUAAAAUAUGAAAUAAUAUUGAACUUUUUGUUCUCAUA